UUCCCACUUCCAUCGCCCACACUCUCUUCUCUUCACUUCUCGAUAAUACCCCCCGCCGAAAAUGGUCCUCUCGAAGUCUUUGUGCGCUCUGGCGCUCGCCCUGCCCGCGCUCGUGCGCGCGGGCGCGUCGUAUAGCAUGGUGAAAGAGUACGCGGGCACCACGUUCUUCGAUGAUUGGGACUUUUACGGCAACUUCGAUAACCUUACCAACGGCGAUGCCAUCUUCCUAAAUGCGAGUGCGGCGAAGUCGGACAAGCUCGCGUUCGUCAACAGCGCGGGCAACGCCAUCAUGAAGGUCGACAACACCACGACCGUCGCGUUCAACGACAAGCGCAACACCAUCCGCAUCUCGUCGAAAGACUCGUACGGCGUCGGGAGCGUCUUCGUCGCGGAUAUGUUGCAUGUGCCGUAUGGAUGCUCCGUGUGGCCCGCGUGGUGGUCGCAGGCACCCAACUGGCCCAACGGAGGUGAGAUCGACACUUUCGAGGGCGUGAAUCAAGUCACCCACAACCAGUUCGCUCUGCAUACCAAUCCCGGAUGCACUGUCACGAGCCCGACCCAGACCAGCACCCUUCAAAACUCGACGGACUGCUCUUUCGAAGCGAACAGCAACGAGGGCUGCGUCGUCACGAAUCCCAGUACUGCAUCGUACGGCGCCGGAUUCGCCUCUGCCGGCGGAGGGGUGUUCGUGACCGAGUUUGCGGAAUCUGGCAUUUCAAUUUGGUUCUUCUCGCGCCCCGACGUCCCCAGCUCGCUGCAAGGCAAUGCCAGCUCAGUCGACACCUCUGCGCUUGGAACGCCCGUGGCCAACUACCCCUCGACGAGCUGCACCAUCGACAAGUUCUUCUCGUCCCAGCAUCUGAUCUUCGACAUCACGCUCUGUGGAGAUUUAGCUGGCUCCGCGAGCGUGUUCGCCGAGACGUGCACGGGGACGUGCUACAACGACUACGUCAUCGGCUCGCCGUCAAACUACGACAACGCGUACUUCGAGGUGCAGCACGUCCGCAUCUACGGCUCCUCCUCGUCCGUCGUCACCUCGACGAGCGGCGCUCCCGCGCGCGUGUUCUCCAACCUUGCGGCGACGCUCGGCGGGGUCGCAGCCGCGGCUGCGUACAUGCUCCACGCCCUGCUGUAGAUGCUCGGCGCCCGUUUGGAUGGAGGGAGGAGAGAACGAGAAGGGCGGGGCCCUUGUGCUGGAGCGCUGCUACCUUGGAUCUAACGAAUCUGUAGCCCAUCUGCGAAAUGCUCACUCGAUAUAUAUAUGUAGAGCCCACGCCGAGCAGCGGCAGUAGUAGUUGUAACGGAUGUGGGUGGACUAAUCAUUCCUCGUGUCACCGCCUCAGGGCUAUCUAUAGAGAUUUUGCUCGACUCUCGAGAUAUGAACUCGAGCGUCGUUCAC